CCAAUUUUCCGAAAUGUCAUUUCUUGUGGAGUUUUCAGGAUUUCUGUGUUUUGUGUUUUAAAAGCAGUAAUAAAAAUUAAUUAACCAAGCUCUUGCACCAUGAUUUUGUAGGACAACAUUUGCAUUUUAAGUAGAAUCACGUGCCCGUAUCGAGAUCUUUAAUAUUAGUGCCCAAAUGUUCAAGAAACGAAGUUAAAAUGUUGAGUAGGUUUUCCGACGUCCUGCAGUCUGCCGCGGACGUUUUGGCGCCCCCGGCUACCAGGUUUGAGGAUUUUGAGUAUCAUUGGAAGAUGAUUCUAAACUUUUACCAAAACUACGAUGAUAGCAGUAAAAUUCACAUUGAAGACACAAGAAUCCCGCACCAUUUACAUCAAAUGCUACAGCUUAUAGUAGACGAAGAGAAAGAACAGCAUGGUGGUACUGUUGGCCCGUGCUUAGAGGCAGUAGUACAGCGGUCGAUAUGCGUUCUUGACGCGCUAACCGCGCUAGCAGCCGCAGACCGACCGCCUGGCGCGCGAUCUCUCGCGUUAGGUACCGGCACGGCGCUACUCCGGCGAACGAGACAGCCGUGUGUGAAUAGCGCGCAUGUUUAUAGGCCUCUACAGCGAAUGUUGAUACAAUGCAACGAGAAUCCGGCGUCGCCAACGGAGAAAGAAGAAGUGGAACUGCUCCUAACCCUGUGUGGUCUCGUCAGAAAGGAGCCUGGUCUGGCGAACAUAUUCACCACAGCCUUUGUAGAAGACAAGACCAGUUUACUGAGCAUACCAGAAGACAUACAGAACUUGAUACCUCUCAAAUCUAAGACGACAACUCCAAAGAAAAACCCGUUGUUUGAAGUGGAGUUGCCUCAGAAUCCGUUGAGCCACGUGUCUAUAGUGAGGACUAACGGGAAGGAGGACGGAAACGCGACGUCAAGUGGCUCGGUGCCGGACGACGCGUCGUGCAAAAGCCACAAGACUGUGUAUGAUGAUAAUGACAAGUUUCUGCUGAUCGACCUCUUGCUUUCGUAUUUGAACAGUGCUGACAACCAAGUGGUUCUCCGAGCGUGCGAAGGCAUCAUGAUAGUGUCGUCUCUCCCUGAAGAUGACAUCGCAAACUUGGUGACCAGUUGCAGCCCGGCCUGUGAGACUAUCGUGGACAAGCUCUGCGCCAAGUACAAGUGUAUACCGGCCAAUACCGAGCCUACGGAUGUUGAGCACCUGAAUAUUACUUGGGCUUACGUGGCUCAAGACUUUGGCGACAAAUCCUUCAGCAAGUUCCACGGUUACAGAGAACUGACGAGCUUCUUCUCAUGGCUCGACUACUGUGAUACGCUAAUGAAGGAAUGCCACCCUACAAUAGCGGCGCAUCUCUCGCGAACCUUCCGUCAGAAGUUCUUAGAGGGCGCCGCCGAGGCCGGGGUCAGCGACCUGCACCAUGCGGCGCUCGUCACCGCCAUACUUGCUAAAUGCUUGAAGGUGGUGGACUCGCCUGACCUUAUUAAUGAGUUCUCCAAUUGGCUGGUGGGUGAGGGUGAGGUGUCGGAGUGGCCGCUGCUGCAUACGCUUAUAUCCAACUGCCUGACUGACCACCACGACAUUACGUUGGAGACGCUACAGUUCUUCCAGACAAUAAUAGAGAAAGGCACGGAGCACAGCAUCCACCGCCUAGUACUAACGCGUGUAUGCUCGCGCGGGUACUUUUCGCCGCAGCCGCCCGCGCCGUUCGACCAGAGCGAGAGGGAGCAACUCAACGACGUCUCGCUCUGGCGCGAGAGAGAGCGCAACAGGUCAGUGACCCCGCAGCGCCCGCGCCGUUCGACCAGAGCGAGAGGGAGCAACUCAACGACGUCUCGCUCUGGCGCGAGAGAGAGCGCAACAGGUCAGUGACCCCGCAGCCCCGCGCCGCUCGACCAGAGCGAGAGGGAGCAACUGAAUGACGUCUCGCUCUGGCGCGAGAGAGAGCGCAACAGGUCAGUGACCCCGCAGCGCCCGCGCCGCUCGACCAGAGCGAGAGGGAGCAACUGAAUGACGUCUCGCUCUGGCGCGAG